AUGGCCACCAAGUCCAAAAUCUUCUUCGUCAUGGAGUACGUCAGGGGCGGCGAGUUGUUCGCCAAGGUCGAAAAGGGGAAACUCGACGAGGACCUCGCCCGCCGCUACUUCCAGCAAUUGAUCAGCGCAACCGACUAUUGCCACAGCCGGGGAGUCUCCCAUCGGGAUUUGAAGCCGGAGAAUCUGUUGCUGGACGAGAACGGGAACCUCAAGAUCUCCGAUUUCGGACUCUCCGCGCUCCCGGGUCAGCGCUGGAACGACGGGUUGCUCCAUACCCAGUGUGGGAUCCCUGCCUACGUGGCGCCGGAGGUUCUCUGGAAGAAAGGGUACGACGGGGCGAAAGCCGAUAUUUGGUCCUGUGGGGUAAUCCUCUUCGUCUUGCUCUCCGGCUAUUUGCCCUUCCUCCACGAGAAUUUGAUGAAGGUGUAUGUGAAGAUUUUCAAGGCCGAUUACAAGAUCCCCAAUUGGAUUUCGAAAGACGCUAGGGAUUUGAUUUCCAGGCUUCUGGUGGUGGACACGAAGAGGCGAAUUUCGAUUCCGGAGAUUAUGGAGAAUCGAUGGUUCAAGGUUGGGGAAGAAGGAGGAAGAAGAUGGAAGAUAGGGUUUGUUUGGGUUUGA